CCCGCAUGGAGGAAGCCGCCGCCAGCGCCAUCGUGGUGCGCAUCGGGAUCCCCGACCUGCAGCAGACGAAAUGUAUGCGGCUAAAUCCUGAUGUUCCUAUCUGGGUCUCCAAACAGCGCAUUCUCUGUACCUUGAACCACAGCCUGAAGGAUGUUCUGAACUAUGGGCUUUUCCAGCCAGCCUUCAAUGGCAGGGCUGGAAAGUUCCUGGACGAGGAGCGACUGCUGAGGGAAUACCCUCUGAAUCCAGACACUCCUGUCCCGUACCUGGAGUUUCGUUACAAGAGACGUGUGUACACCCAGAGUCUGCUGGAUGACAAGCAGUUUGCCAAGCUCCACACAAAGGCAAAUCUGAAGAAGUUCAUGGAGUACGUGCAAAUGCUAAAUGUGGAGAAGGUCUGCAGACUGCUGGAGAAGGGACUGGACCCCAACUUCCAUGAUCCGGACACUGGAGAAUGCCCUCUGACAAUGGCAGCCCAGCUGGAGCACAGUGCCGAGGUGAUCAAAGCGCUGAAGAAUGGAGGAGCACAUCUGGAUUUCAGGACUCGAGAGGGAAUGACAGCUCUUCAUAAGGCCAUCCGGUGCCGGAACCACAUUGCCCUGAUGACACUGUUAGACCUGGGUGCCUCCCCCGAUUACAAGGACAGCCGAGGAUUAACUCCUUUGUACCACAGUGCCAUGGUUGGAGGGGACCCAUACUGCUGUGAGCUUCUGCUUCAUGACUAUGCCAAGGUGGGCUGUGUAGAUGAGAAUGGCUGGCAAGAAAUCCACCAGGCGUGUCGCUAUGGCCAUGUGCAGCACCUGGAGCAUCUUCUCUUCUAUGGAGCCGACAUGACUUCACAGAACGCCUCAGGAAACACGGCGCUCCAUAUCUGCGCUCUGUAUAAUCAGGAGAGUUGUGCCCGGGUCCUCCUGUUCCGUGGUGCAAGCAAAGAAAUUCGGAACUACAACAGCCAGACAGCGUUCCAGGUGGCCAUCAUUGCAGGAAAUUUUGAACUGGCUGAAAUCAUCAAAACCCACAAAGAGUCUGACGUUGUGCCUUUUAGAGAAACUCCCAGCUACACAAAGAGGAGACGGAUCCCUGGCGCAGGCGGCCUCUCCUCCCCCCGCAUGCUGCAGCGUUCUGCCAGCGACAACAAUUUGAAAGCCGAGAGCCACCCGUCCUACUCACCAGUGCCCUCGCUCCGCAGCCUGCCCCCACAGCUGCUGGCACAGAUGCAGGAAGCUGCUCAGAGAGAAAGAGAUGCAACAGAGAGGGAGACUCUUUCCGGCCCCCUGCUUGGGAAAGGAGGGGAGCCCAACUUGAGUCCAGGCGCCCCACCGGGGCCGGGGCCGGGGCCCGGGGCCGAGCCCGCCCGCCACGCCGCGCCCGCCGCCCUCCGCGGGCCCAAGCGCAAGCUGUACAGCGCCGUGCCCGGCCGCAGGUUCAUCGUGGUCAAGAGCUACACGCCGCAGGGCGAGGGGGAGAUCCAGCUGAACCGGGGCGAAGCCAUCAAGGUGCUCAGCAUUGGUGAGGGUGGCUUCUGGGAAGGAACCGUGAAAGGACGGACCGGUUGGUUCCCGGCAGAAUGCGUUGAGGAAGUGCAGAUGCGACAGUAUGAUUCACGGCAAGAAACGAGAGAGGAUAGAACAAAGCGUCUCUUCCGACAUUACACUGUGGGUUCAUAUGACAACUUCACUUCCCACAGUGACUACAUCAUCGAGGAGAAGACGGCCGUGCUGCAGAAGAGGGAGCAUGAGGGAUUCGGGUUUGUGUUGCGAGGGGCCAAAGCGGAGACUCCAAUUGAGGAGUUCACCCCGACUCCAGCCUUCCCAGCGCUCCAGUACCUGGAGUCAGUUGAUGUGGAAGGUGUGGCCUGGAAAGCAGGACUUCGCACGGGAGAUUUUCUGAUUGAGGUGAAUGGUGUGAAUGUGGUAAAGGUAGGGCACAAGCAAGUGGUGUCGCUGAUCCGGCAGGGGGGAAACCACCUGGUGAUGAAAGUCGUCUCCGUCAGCCGCAAGCCAGAAUCAGAAGACGUCGUCCGAAAGAAGGCCCCGCCGCCUCCCAAGAGAGCCCCCAGCACCACCCUGACGCUGCGCUCCAAGUCCAUGACGGCCGAGCUGGAGGAACUAGCCUCAAUGCGGAGGAGAAAUGGGGAGAAACUGGAUGAGAUCUUGGCAGCAGCUGAGCCCUCGCUGAGAGCAGACAUUGUUGAAGCAGAUUCCAGGGCAGCCACUGUGAAGCAGCGACCCACGAGCCGGCGCAUCACGCCAGCGGAGAUCAGUUCGCUCUUCGAACGCCAGGGAAUGGCCGCUCACUCGGGAGUUCUCCCGGGAGCCGAGAAACCCCACGUGUCCCUACGCAAAGGAAUUCCCCGGACAAAAUCUGUAGGUGAAGAUGAGAAACUUGCUGCUUCUUUGAUGGAUGGGAAGUUUCCUCGGAGCACGUCAAUGCAAGACACUGUCAGGGAAGGGCACGGAAUCCCACCCCCACCUCAGACAGCUCCGCCCCCUCCUCCGUCUCCAUAUUACUUUGACACAGGCCCUCCCCCAUCCUUCUCCCCACCUCCACCUCCGGGAAGGGUUUAUGAUACCAUAAGAUCGAGCUUUAAGCCAAGCCUGGAGGCCAAACUCCAUGGCCUCCCCCAGGUUAUCAGUGCAACUGAGAUGUAUGACCAGGCCAGGACUUCUAUCCCAUAUCCUGAAAGGCAAAAGAGAGCUCGAUCCAUGAUAAUCCUGCAGGACUCCUCUCAUCUUCCUGUGGAGCCAACAGAGAUCCCUCGGCCUGGCCCUUCCGCCACGCCCCCGGAGAAGCUGAAAAGGAAAGGACGGGUGAUUGAUAACCCUUACGCCAACAUGGGCCAGUUCAACGUCAGCCUCUUUGCUCCCACCAAGCCCCAGAGGAAGAAGAGCCCUUUAGUGAAGCAGCUGCAAGUAGAGGACGCUCAGGAAAGAGCAGCUUUAUCCAUCACAGGAGGUUUUACGCGGGAGCCCUCUCCCACCCGCCGGAGCCAUCGCAUGAGUGGCAUAGAGUAUCAGCACCACGCGGGCAUCGCUCAGGUCGACCCCUCGAGCAUCCCCUUUGCCACUGCCAUCGCUGGAGUCAUGAAGGACAGAGAGCGUCGUCUUGAUGAGAGGCGGAAAUCCACUGUCUUCCUCUCGGUUGGGGCCAUCGAAGGGAGCCCUCCCAGCAUUGACAUGCCAUCACUGCAGCAGUCCAGGUCUAUUGAUGAGCGGUUGCUAGGAAGCCGAGAUGUGCUGCUUCCUUCACCUGUCUCAGCUUUAAAGCCAUUAAUUAGCAGCUCAUCCUCAACAUUCAUCCACCCCCUAACAGGAAAGCCUCUAGAUCCAAACUCACCACUGGCGCUUGCGCUGGCCGCAAGGGAGCGGGCCCUGUCCACUCAAGUCCCAUCCAGGUCGCCCACCCCAAUCCACAGCCCAGAUUCAGACCGAGCAGUACCCCUGUUUGUGGAUGUCCAAACCAAAGAACCAGAAAGGGGGGAGCUAGAGAGCCUAGUGUCACCUGCAUAUUCGCCUGGAGCCAAAGGGGCAGCAGGGGCAGCUCCUGGGACUUUGGCCCCUACAAAAAGCCACUGGGGGACUCCAACAACACUGAGAAAAGAGACUGAGACAAGAGCAGAAACACCUGUGAAAGAAGAGAAAAAACGUGAAGACAAGAAAUCUAUGAUCAUUAGUAUUAUGGACACAUCACAGCAGAAGACAGCUGGCCUCAUCAUGGUCCAUGCAACAAGUAAUGGCCAAGAGGAAAUAGGACUUGAGAUGAAAGAAGAGAAACCAGAUGUUCCUGAAGCAAGCAUGGAACCGGCAGAGCUGCCCAAAACGGAGACUGAGCCCAGCCCUGUGGGGAAGUCUCCGGUUAGCCCAGCAUCUGACAAGACACUUGGUCAAGGAAGUUCAGAGGAGGAAGUGGAGCCCUACACAGUUACCCUCCCACCAGCUCAGCUGUCUUCAAGUGAUGAAGAGACCAGGGAGGAACUGGCCAAGAUUGGGCUGGUGCCUCCACCAGAUGAGUUUGCAAAUGGGGUACUAGUCACCACCCCUGGCACACCGAUCAGCCAACUGGCUAAGCCUAGCACGCCAUCCAUACCAGCGGCAGCAGUAGCACCUUCUACCACUGGUGGAACACCCUCAGGGAAGCCCUCUGAUGCCCCCGUAGCCCCAGAGUCUGCUGCAGACUCAGGAGUAGAAGAGGUGGACACCAGAAGUUCAAGUGACCAUCACCUGGAGACCACAAGCACCAUCUCUACAGUCUCCAGUAUGUCUACAUUGUCCUCUGAAAGUGGGGAGCCUACUGACACAUACACUUCCUUUGCGGAUGGACAAACUUUUAUACUCGAGAAGCCACCAGUGCCUCCAAAGCCAAAACUCAAGUCCCAGCUCAGCAAGGGGCCAGUUACUUUCAGGGACCCACUUUUGAAGCAGUCUUCGGACAGUGAGCUCAUCUCCCAGCAACAUGCGGCUACUCUGGCUUCAGCCAGUGUUGGUCGGCCACGCUACCUCUUUCAGAGAAGAUCCAAGCUAUGGGGGGACCCCAUGGAGAGCAGGCCAGUCCACGGGGCUGAGGAUGACAAACCAACUGUGAUCAGUGAGCUAAGUUCCCGGUUACAACAGCUGAAUAAGGAUACACGAUCACUGGGGGAGGAACCUGUCGGGCCCCCUUUAGAUCCUGGGAAGAAGUCACCUGUGGUCGCAGCACGACUUUUCAGUAGUUUAGGAGAACUCAGCACCAUUUCCCAGCGGAGCUCCGGAACCACCUACACAGUUCGACCUGGCAGCCGCUACCCUGUAACCCGACGUACUCCCAGUCCAGUGAAGCCUGCCCUGGAUAGGACAGACCCUCUCAGCACCGUGCGGCCCUAUGGAUUGACACCUCCCACCAUCCUCAAAUCUUCCAGCCUCUCCAUCCCGCAUGAGCCCAAGGAGGUGCGCUUUGUGGUGCGGAGCGUGAGUGCUCGGAGCCGCUCCCCAUCCCCCUCGCCCUCUCCUGGGCCUCCCCUGCACACUCUGCACCCACCGCGGCCCUACAUGCAGAAACCCCUCCACCUGUGGAACAAAUACGAUGUAGGGGACUGGCUGGAAAGCAUCAAUUUGGUGGAGCAUCGAGACAAGUUUGAGGACAAUGAGAUUGAGGGCACACACUUACCUGCCCUCACCAAGGAGGACUUUGUGGAGUUGGGGGUGACACGUGUGGGGCACCGCAUGAACAUUGAGCGAGCACUCAAACAGCUGGUAGACAGUUGACCAUCCUAGGCAGUGCUGGCCUCUUCCAGAGCCAACUUAUGGGGGAAAGGGUGCAUUUCUACUAGACGAAUAAAACCAAUUUGAUUCUCUUUCUAUUCUGACCACUGCACUGAAGGGCGAAGAGCUGAGGAGCGCCCACUCACUCCAUACACCCAGAGCCCCAGGUGUGCACAAACACACAUGGACACGCACAUGCACACACACAAACACAUGCUCAGCCCCUACUCAACCGUGCACCAGCCAACACCGCCUUUGGGAAAAGGAAUGUUGCAUGAAAUACACUCCCUUUUCUGUACUCCUAAAGAGUCAGGCCUGUAUAGUGCUUGAUGUGCCUUUCCCCAGGGGCGCUGCUGGUGGCAGGAGGCAGUGGGCCCUGCCCGGAUUGGCCCAUGCUCCCCAGUCUGUGAUAGAACCUUGUUCACCUGCGUGGAGCAGGCUGUGGAAUGUAUUCUGAUCAAAGGGCUGUGGCGAGGAGGGGAGUGGUCAGUGUUACUGGUGCAAAUUAGGAACCAUAGCUCAGUUAGGGCGAUGGGGCUGUGAGCUAAAGGGGCUCAGCUGUGUUGCAAUGGUCGUUUUGUGACCCAGGAACUGAACUGAUCUGUAUGUGAUACAAGGUGCGCGUUUGUUUGAAUGUCAAUCGAGUCCCCGUUUCCUGAGCUACAUCCUGCCAAGCUGCCGCUCACCAGUCCCGCGGGAGUGGCUGACUCUGGUACGCAGGUCAGGGGUCCUCUGUGCACCUGGAGGAGCUGCUGAAUAGCAUGGGGGUGGUGAUGGGAGUCUUGGAGGGGCCAUGUGGAGAGUGCAGUGCUGGCAUUCACAGCCCCUGAUGACAGCUCAGAGACUGGUGAGGGCAGGCAGGCACCGAGGUGCAGGUCCCUAGGCCCAGCAGUGCAGUGGGAGCGGCGUCAGGGGUUCUGGGAGCAGGCAACCUGUUUCCCAAAGGCUGUGAGCAAAGCCUGCGCUGGCAUGCGGGCGCCUGGCACUAUUGGUGGGCUCCAGCUCAGACAGACCCUAGUGGCCGUGGCAGCAAGCAGGGCCAUUCUGAUUCAAUGGCCAAGAUGCAGAGUUAGGAAUGCCCUGCAAGGAGAACCGGAUCUGCAGCCUCUAGCCAAUUGCUGCCCCUUCACUCUAUGCUCCUUCAGCAGCUUCCACCCCAAAGCAGAGCAAGCCUGUUGCCAUGCAAACAAGAAACCUGAGAUGGCUUGCCGAGAAAGCCGAGCCUUUGGACUCUGUUCCUUUGCCCUGUUGCCCUGGGCUGCCCUGGUGAGAGAGGAAGUGAAGCUGCAUGGAUAGAAAGAAGCAUGUUUGGGGAUUUCUGAGGGAGGCUGGUGGGGAAUCAAGCAGAAAAUGCUUUGCCAACGUUCAAAGGGGGUGGGGGGUGGGAGGAGUCUUCUUUUGCCUCUUGGUUUGGCGUCUUGUUCCCAAGGGGGACAUACUGAUGGCUAAUAUAUAAUCUCCAUGCAUUUAUGUAGAGCAGCUGAUGAUCAACAAGAGAUGAUGCUAAACUCCAGGAUUCCCAUGCUGUCCUAGUCAUCCUUAUUUUGCAUCUUUUUAAUCAGCUAUAUAUUUGAAAAGAGAAGAGAAAAAAUAUCUAUAUAUCUAUAUCUGUAGCACCUGAGUUUGUUAGCAUUUUACUAAAUCUCUGUAUCUCUAGACUUACCGAGCGGCUCCCUUUCCCUGGGAUGCUCGUGACUUGGUGAGUUUAGUGACUGACUGAGCGAAAGUUUAAGUCUUUUCAUAGACUCAUAGAUUCAUAGACUCUAGGA